AUGAAUGGCCCUACAAAUUGGCAGACGGAGGGCCGUCUGCAGCAGGCUACAAUCGAUCUGCUGGACGGAUCAGAUAUUCAAUUCCGCAGAGAGCACCGUUUGGAUAUAGCUCUUGUCAAGAACCUUCCGGUGGCCCUUAUCUUUUUGCCGGCAGCUGAUAUACCCACCUUCGUCGGUGAAGGUCGUGUCGAUCUAGGCAUUACUGGGCAAGACCAAGUGGCCGAGCAUGAUAUCCGUCGGCCACCAGGCGAGCAGUCCGGGGUGGAGGAGAUACUGGACCUUGGCUUUGGCGGAUGCAAGCUACAGGUCCAAGUUCCAGAGAAAGGCCCCAUAACUGACCCUAGGGAACUCAUUGGAAAGAAUGUCGUUACUAGCUUCACGGGCCUUGCAGAGUCCUACUUUGCCAAAUUGGAGGGUGCGACUAGGAAAGCGGACGGAAGCUGGGAUAUACAGACUAAGAUCAAGUAUGUCGGCGGCAGUGUGGAGGCUGCUUGUGCUCUGGGAGUAGCUGAUGGCAUUGUUGAUCUUGUCGAAUCUGGCGAGACGAUGAAAGCUGCUGGACUUCAGGCUAUCGAUACAGUGCUCUGCACUAAUGCCGUCCUUGUCAAGUCCCGAAAGACCACCAACCCUCUAGUCGACCUCAUAGUUCCAAGAAUACGUGGUGUUAUCACUGCCAAGAAAUAUGUGCUUUGCCAGUAUAACAUUCCUCGUAACAUCUUGUCCAAUGCGUGUGCCAUAACGCCUGGAAAACGGGCUCCUACCAUUACUGCCCUGGAAGAGGAGGGCUGGGUUGCCGUCAGCGCCAUGGUAGAAAAGAAGCAGAUUGCUACCGUCAUGGACGACCUAUCGGCUGUUGGUGCGACUGAUAUCCUUGUUAUAGGAAUCGCAAAUUCGAGAACGACCCCCUGA